CUGGGCUCAUUGAUAAAUGGCUGAGUGGGCGACCAAUGGCGAGUUGUGUGGAGGGGAGAGCGUGUGACGGUGAGGCGAGAUCGCCGCUUUAUACGGAAGGAGCAGCGGGAGUCGUGGAGUGUCAGUGCCGUGGACAGACACGGCGAGUGAGGACUGUGAGCCAGCCCAGCACAGUGAGCCAGCCCAGCACAGUGAGCCAGCCCAGCACAGUGAGCCAGCCCAGCACAGUGAGCCAGCCAGCACAGUGAGCCAGCCAGCACAGUGAGUGAGUCAGCCUGCAGCGUGCGUCUAGUGCGUGACACUGCUCGAGUCAGAUUGACAGGCGCGUUGCGAGCGUGCGAGUGUAUGCGUGUACACACACUCACACUCACACACGUGCGUUGUAUAGACUACUCCACACUUGCGUAGGCGCGCACGCAUAGAUACUCUCACACGUAUAGACUCACACACACAACGCACGUGUGCAUGCGCGCUUAUGUAUACACACACACGCGCGCUAGCACGCUUAUAUAGACACACACACACGCGCUAGCACUGCACACUGCUUAUAUAUCAUUAUUAUUUACUGUGUGCGCUCCUAAGUGAGACUAUAUACACGCACGCUCUCUAUAAAUAUAUCAGAAACAAACGCAUAUCGUAUAUUUAUCAUAUGAUAUCACAUGUAAUAUACAAGUUUUUUUCUGGGACUCGUUAAAAGUAUGCAUUGUUAAGACGUGCAUCGUGUAGAGUGUACAAUUGUUCGUAUAUACACACACACGCACACACACGUACGGUGUCCAACAUCGUUCCGGCGCGGCUUUACAUAUUCAUUCACGCGCAAACAUUUGGAAUCAGCGCUCACGCAGAGAGGCACAAGUACACGUGCGUGCGCGUGCGUGUGUGUGUGCGUAUGUGUACGCGUGUGUGUGUGUACGUGUAUAUACCGCACACCGCAUAGCGGAAGAGCUGCGAACGAUUGAAGGGAUCGCGUUGCAGAACUCUGGGCGAGAGUGAGUCCCGAGCGGAAAUCAACAAUCGCAGCAGAAGCAUCGGCAGCAGCGGCGGCAGCAGCAGAAUUGACCGGGACGAGGGAACGAAACGAACCCUCAAGCUGCAAGGGGUUCUCGGACUCAAUCUCGCGCCUACGAAGAGCGACUCAAGCAACGGGGCAAGAGACACGCGCAGACACCGAGAGGCGGAGAGACGCAGAGAAGAGACGCACGCGGAGAGAGAGAGAGGGGGAGAGAGAGAGAGACGCACGCGCACACGGGCGGAAAGGCGUCGCUGGAAUGCGGUGGACUCGACGGUGUUGAGCCAAAACUGAAUGAAUUGCGGCGGCGACGGCGGCGGCGGAGACUCGAGACGAAGAAGUGUGCCUCACUGCGGAGCACGGUAGCGUGUGAAUAUUCACACACAGACACAGAGACACACACAGAGACUCGCAGAGACUCACAGAGAGACCUCGCGCAACCCGCGCACGCACGCACACACAGAGAGAGAUACCACGAGGGAAUCCGAUCCGGCCGCAGCGGUCGCGUUCAAUAAUUCACGAGGUGCCGCCGAAGCCUCGCGUCACCCACAGCCGCCGCGCUGUUGACGUUGGUGACGGCGCCGGUUGCGUUUGAGCGAAAGAACCUUACGACUCAAGCGACAGCAGCAGCAGCAGCAGCAAUAUCAGCAGCAGCAAUAUCAGCAGCGGUAGCAGCAGUAGCAGCAGCGACUCACUAGAGGAGACGUGGUGACGAGUGAGCGGCAGGGCGAGGAGGACUUUCGCGUUGAAGUUGGAGGAGCCGAGAAGACUGUCAAACUGUCUACCUUGCACUACUCCUUUCCCUUCCCGUCCCCUAUGGAUAUGCACUGCAAGCCCGACCCCUUCGCCGCUAUGCACAAUUCCGCAACACUUGCACAGUUGACCUCCAAGGACUCGUCUUACAGUGUCAUCUCCACCCCAUGGUCGCCGACCUCGGGGUGCCACUCCGAUGCCUGUUUCGGGCAUGGCGGCGUCAACCAGCUGGGCGGGGUGUUCGUGAACGGGCGGCCGCUGCCGGACGUGGUGCGCCAGCGCAUCGUGGAGUUGGCCCACCAGGGCGUGAGGCCCUGCGACAUCUCGCGCCAGCUCAGGGUCUCCCACGGCUGCGUCUCCAAGAUCCUCGGCAGCGCUUGCAGGUACUACGAGACAGGCAGCAUCCGCCCGGGGGUGAUCGGAGGCUCCAAGCCCAAGGUGGCGACUCCCAAGGUGGUGGACAAGAUAGCGGAAUACAAGCGGCAGAACCCGACAAUGUUUGCCUGGGAGAUCCGGGACCGCCUGCUCGCCGAGCGCGUCUGUGACACCGACACGGUGCCCAGCGUCUCCUCCAUCAACAGGAUUAUCCGCACGAAAGUCCAGCAGCCAUUCCACCUUCCGUCACAAGACAGCCCUGGCCAGCAGGUCUCCUCUUCCAGCCACGGCAUCAGCUCCAGCUCGGCCGUGACCCCCGUCUCCUCGGCCCCCAACGACUCCGUGGCGUCCUCCUACUCCAUCAACGGCAUCCUGGGCAUCCCUCGCUCCAACGGCGACGGCAAGAGGAAGCGUGAUGACGACGUGGUGAGCCCCGUGCAGGCCGGCGACUCCCCCGUGAGCGGCGACGCGGUGCGCAAGCAGCUGCGCUCCGACGCCUUCGCGCAGCAGCAGCUGGAGGCGCUGGAGCGCGCGUUCGAGCGGCAGCACUACGCCGAGGUGUUCGCCGAGCACGGCAAGCCCGAGCAGGGAACCGAGUACCCUCCUCUAUCGGCCCUGGGAGCCGGCAUGGACGACGUGAAGUCUGGGAUGGUGGGGCCGGGCACCCCGGAGAUGACGGCGCAGUCGUACCCCCUCGUCACCGACCAACGCCCGUCCCCCAUCAGCCUCAAACAGAAGGCGAUGGAGGGCAGCCUAGCUAGCCACUCCCCCUCCGCGCUAGCGGGCCACGCGCUGGCCGACCUGCAGCCCAUCCACCCGGGCCUCGCCACGGACCCGUGCCCGGGCUCCGUUAGUGCCUUUACGCACCACGCGACGGCUUACGGGCAGUACGCGCCGGCGCAGGCCUUCGUGCCAGGCCGUGAGCUCGGGAACAGCACCACAUUGCCCGGGUACCCUCCCCACGUUCCCCCCACCGGGCAAGGCAGCUACUCCUCCUCCAGCCUGGCCGGCAUGGUACCCGGGAGCGAGUUCCCCGGGAAUCCGUACUCCCACCCACAGUACACGGCCUACAAUGACGCCUGGCGAUUCACCAACCCGGGUCUGCUCAGCUCCCCGUAUUAUUACAGUGCCACAGCCCGGGGCCCUACCACCGCCACGGGCUACGACCGCCACUAGCUGCCACGGCGAUGGCCCAGGCCUGCCUGCAGGCUCACGCCCUGGGAUCGCGCCACUCCCGAGCAAGACGGCGCCAACCAGGCGAGCCAGGAGGCCUUUUUCAACGAGCAGGCCCUCAGGACACGCCUCGCAGCUUUUUGACUCGGAACUCAAGACCAUCGAGACGAGCAACGCUAAAGCUCAGCUCGUUAAAGCCCACGCGUUAAUUAUCUUUGAAUGCGGCCCCGGCUGCAAUGUCGGCCUCCAGGGAGGCCUUUCAAGACCGGAGGAGGCUCGCCUACGGUUGUGAGCAGCAUUGAAAGUUUCUCUUCUUUAUGUUUUUUUUUUUCUUUCUUUUGUUCCCUGGGCCACAAGUCUGAUGUGACCUUUGAGAAGCUGUAUUUGAAACUGACGUGAAGCGUCGGGUCUUCUUUGGUCGGGCUGUUGUCAUCGGGGUCAGUGAGCAAGGGAACACGUGCGUCAACGCGCGCCAGCCUCCCUUCCGCGUUAUGUCAGCGUGGUCGACAGGGGAGGGUAAACAGAGCAACAGAAGUAGCAGCAGCAACAACAGCAGCAGCAGCAGCAAACAACGAACGGACUGCCCUCUUCCCCAAGGUUGUCCCCGAACACCACUGUCGCCAAAAUUGUUGGAAACCGAGACGUCAUCGCAGAUCCGCAGAAGUUAAGCAGGCGGUACGUCGUCACAUCUUCACGAACCCACGCGACUCAACUCCGAUUCAGUUCGCUGGCUACCAGUGGAAAAUAAACUUUUCGAGAUGAACUUUGACCUCCCUUCGGCACACCCCCCCUCCCCCCCACAACUGUCAGCAGCUACACGUGAAGGAAACGAAUCUACGUUCAAACCAGAAGUGGGGAAGGAAAAAAAAUAAACCUGUAAUCAAAUUUUGACUUAAAGCUUUCGUGACUGCAGGGAUUAAUAUUCUUGGUUCCUUCGGUAAAGUCACGUAGAAGGGAAACAAUAAAAAUAUAAAACAAUAAAAUUGUUUUAUAAAACAAUAAAAAUGUUCAUAUUUUUAUUAUCCUAUUGUUUCCCUUCUACGUGACUUUACCGAAAGAACCAAGAAUAUGAAACCUGUAAUCGUUACCAAAACCCAACUCGCUGCAUUUUUGGACUCAAUCAGGCAGUCGUUGCGAAUGAUGGAGUCAUGAAGGAACUGGAGCGAUGCAACGGCUGCCCACCAACGCCAACCGUCCCGCAGUUCUCUCGCGCUUCGAAAACAGUCCCCCAGCGUCAUCGAUGAAAGUGGCGCUGGCUUCACCCGUGACAGAUUCAUUACGGGAAAGAGCACAUUCGCUCGAGUUGAAUUUAAACACAAUUAUAUUAACCCCCCGAAACAUCCCCACCCUUUUUAAAUGGCCCCUUCUAAUUUUUUUUUGGUACCCUCUUUAGUUGCUGUGUAAACGCGGUUCGUGUAACGGCCUAAAUAAUGCAUCGCGGAACCGCGUGAGCUGAUUAUCGUCUUGUCCACUCGAGAGUUAAAUAGAGCGGAUUCCCCAACGAAUGUCCAUAAUUAAAUUGUUUGGUCAGUAACUGUUUAUGACCUCGGUGCUCCGUCUACUGUGGUACGCUGAUGGAACUGCACGCUAUGAGGCCAAAUUGUUUUAAUUGGCAGUGAAGUUGAAAUUAAUUGGCAAUUACGGUUCAUUCAAUGAGCCGAGUUUUUAAUCAGCGAAGUUGAAUUUUAAGUGAAACCUGGCAAACAUGUUUUAUGUAAUAUAUACUGCUAAUUUGUUUCCAUUCAAUUUGAAAGGUAUUCAAAUAAAAAUAAAUAAUGUUGCUAAUUGAAAGUUGUAGUUAAUUAAAUUAGAAAGCACAUGGUCUGUCGUAUAUAACUAGUGUUGCUGGCUGUGUUUUCUUAAAUGACAACUUUUUUUUUUGCUUCUCUUGUGAACAAAAAUUAUUUUCAUCGUUUUUUUUAAACAUUACAUCGCUGAAGUGUGGAACAUUUUCACCCUUCAAUAAAUGAACACCAAAUUUUUAACGAGUUCUCCCGACGCCGCACGGCAGGCACCCAAAAACAGGCCUCCGACUCGAUCGCAGUGGACAGCAACUUCGGUGGAAAAGGUUGUUGCGAAACAAAACAUAUUUUUCAGUUACUUUUUUUUUGCACUACGCGCCAGAGGCCGUUGGAAAACGUCGCUCCGCGCUUCAUUAGGGGAGACGCAGCGAGGAGAGAUAAAGAGCCGAGUGACGAGCGAGCGAGCGAGGGGGAGGGGGAGAGAGAGAGAGAGGAAAAUCUGAGAGAGAAAAAAGAAAAAAAAACAUGUAUUAUUUCGCGGCUUUGACACUCGGCAAUGCGUACCUAGCGUUAGAAGGAGGCCAAGGAGCGCACCGGAAACAUUUUGUCACGUAUUAUUUAUUGGCAGCAAUGCUCGACAGGCAAUCGAGGGACAUGUAAAUGCGCUUCCCGCUCCACAGCGACUGCGCACUCUACAAAGGGAGUGCCCCGAGAUCCGUCCACACCCCGCCAUGAUUGAAAUUGACAUGACAAGGACUUAAUAGCUUUUUAGACAAAUCACCCUCACGGCUCCCAGGCUGUGUCUCCCUUCGCUCCCCCCCCCCCGCCUCCCGCUCUCCCUUCCCCCGUUCUCCCGUCUCCCCACUCCGCCACCCCCUCGCACUCUCUCCCCGAGUAAAGAUAAAUGAGUUUUUCGGGUAAAUGAGGCAGUAAUGGCCCCACUCUCGCCAUCCCCUAGGAGUGUUUCUGCCGGGGACCGCCGGUAUAAAUCUUACUCCACACGACAUUUUCAUAAUGGGUUUUGCAGCUCCAGCCCCAGCCACCAUUAGGCGGAGGUGCAGUUUGGACAGGGACGGUUAAAACACUUCACACUGUGUGUCGGCACAAUUUUACUCACGAGCGGCCCAAACGCGGCCGCUUUCUGGUCAAUCUCUCCGUUUGUUUCCCCCCCCAGUGACGUCUAAAACACCGGCAGCGGGCCAGAUGUAAGCGCGAUAACUUAAAGUGGAUUUACUUCGCGGGCGCCCGAGUCACUGCUCACAAACUUAGGAGCUUCCCUUUAAUUGAACAAAACCCCGGCGCCCGUAAUUCGAUUGCGCGAUUCGCAAAACCGCCGUCGUUAACUUUUGUAAGCGGCGCUGUGGAGUAACGCGUUCCACGUAACGGUGCUUUACCGUAAUCUGAUUACCAAAGGCAGGUGCCGGAAAUCCCAAAGUGUACUCCACUUUCAGCGUGUAAUAGGAUUACCUCUAUCACAGCACGUGCGGGUUUGCUUACGUUUUACGAUGACUGUCAUUUUCAAAAUGUGAACAUAUUUUCUGCGACAAGUAAAGAGAGUCAACGGAAGGGAGUCAGCAGCUCGGGUUGAUGUGAGGACGGCAGCGCCAGCGCACACAGAUCAUCAGAAUCUGAAUGUUUAUUUAUACUGGAGGAAUGCGAUUAGCUGUGGAGCCCUUUUUUACCACAAAUGUCCGAUAGGGGUUGGGCGUCAGAACGUUACAAAGACAAACAAUAUCAUGGCGAAACACAGCCUGCAGUCACAGCACGGCAGCGCUGGCGUUUGGGAGGUCAAAUCAAUAUACCAAAAAAAAAUAUCGUGCGGGAAAAAAAAAGUUACGUCGUCAUUUGACAUUAGAAACUGCAUCACGUUACUUGAGAACCCUCGAGUAAUCAAUAAUCAGACACCGAUUUAGUUUUGAAAAGUAAGCCGACGUCAUGUUUCAUGAGUUUCAAUACUGUUCCCCCAUUCUGUGUAAAGUCACGUGGGGUUUUCACUCACUUGGGCUAAUUCCCUGUUCAAACACAAAUAGUCUUCUAAACCUGUGGCCCUAACC